GGUUUACGCCGGAGUGGAGCAUCUUGGUCUGCGUGUGGCGCCAUGGAGAUGGAGACUGUGGGGCCGAUGGAGCAGAGAGAUCUGCAGCUGCUGUUGGCGGCCGAGCAACAGAAGGCGCAGCUGCAGCUGAGAGUGCACAGCCUGACAGCCGAGUGCUGGGACAAGUGCGUGGAGAAGCCGGGCUCCAGGCUCGACUCGCGGACCGAGGGCUGCCUGGUCAGUUGCGUGGAUCGCUUCGUGGACACCACGUUGGCGCUCACCAACCGCUUCGCGCAGAUGGUGCAGAAGGGCGGCCACUGACUGGAGGCUGUCCCACCGCCGCCCACAUGGACAUCCGGAGCCGCUCGCUGUCUGCAACUGUCGCUCGGUAUAAACCCACCGGCUGAAGGUGUCUCCAAGGUCAUUGCACCAACUCCUGUGUCUUCACAUCUUCAGCGGGACUUACUGAAUCAAUGGAAACCGAUUAAAACCCUGGAAUUUGUGUAUUGACUAAAGUUGCGGCCCCGGUGGAUGGAUGAAGGCGUCAGGACACCAACCCUCAACUAACUUGGGCCAUGGGAAUCUGCCGCAGACCGAGUGGUGACCUGUGAUCAUGUGAGGUGCGUUAUUACCUCUGAAGCUGCCACGAUGCUCCCCACAGGAACUAGACUUGUGGCUAUAUUUGUACAUCGGGAAAUAACUAUCAGUUUUACCGAGUUUGUAUGAGUUGUCUGUGCUGCCCCAGUAAUAAACGUUAUGCAGAGUUACA